AUGCAAUAUGGAGACAGCAAUAUUGUGCAGUCGGCUUCAAAGAGAAACAUUACAGCUAUUAUUUGGCAAGACAAGAAGCAAGUUAGUGUGCUGAGUAGCUUGAGUCCACCACAAGACAUCCCACAAGCAGGCAGGAGGAUUGGAAACACCCGGGUACAGCUCAACCAGCCACAUUCUGUACACAGCUACAACAAGUACAUGAACGGCAUAGACAAACACGACCAGUAUCACCUGAAGUAUGAUGUGUCGAGGGAGAGCAAACGGUGGUGGAAGUACUUGUUCUUCUUUCUGGUGAACUGUGCCAUUGUGAAUGCAUAUAUUCUGUACAGUUUGUCGUCAAAGACAAGAACACAGCACGAGCGAUUCAUGCACUUCCUGAGGGAGCUAACUAGGGCCCUGGUUGGAGGCUUCACUUCAAGAAAGAGAAAUGCCAUGUGUGACAUUCAGGACGUUCCUGUUGCUGAUGUAAAUAUCGGUUUUGGUUAUGGGAAAAUGAGUGUGCCAAGACAGCAUUCCACUUAG